AAUGUGGAUUUUGAGCUUUGCCGUGCUCCUCAUGUAGACGCGCGAGUGUUUUGCGCCGAUCGAUGCAAAGAUCGCAAGUGGCCGCACUGUCUAAUUUUAGUCGCCGCCCUCAACGCCCAAUGUGAGCUCUGCUCGUGCGCUGGCCAUUUCCAUUUCACAGCGCUAUGUCUGCUGCCUCGCGCGGUUCUCGCGUGCAUCACGUCCGCAAGACGCCGAAUCCAUUUUUCACCACAUCCUCUGGCAUUGUUGGCAUCAACUUGCAUGAGCCGACAGAGUUCCUCGCGCCCAAACUGGACGACCACACGUUGGCACGCCCCACCGACAACAACCAGUCGGAAGAAGCAAAGCUCGUCAAGUUCAUGUAUCAAACCACUACGUCAUCGAUCGGCGAAGGUAUCGAGCGACGAGAGAGCCCAAUGACCCAACGCAUGGACAAAUUCGCCGUCAAGCGAGAAAUCGAGCAAAGCGGUCUCGUAAAGGUCCGCUCAGUCAACGUGAUCUCCCCAGAGGAGGUGCUGGCUCGGGCCAAGGCUGACCUGCUGAGCCAAGACACGACCAAGAAUGCCGUGGACAUUAAGCCCAUUGCCGCACCGCGAGGGGAGCACCCCAUGUACACGACGAGCACGCGUGUCGUGGGUGAAGAGAAGGGAGCCAUUCAAGUCACGACCGAGCGCAUCGUGAAGCCGGGCACGUUUACCAACUCGUUCAAUGGGUUCCGAUACCGCGACUACGGACUCAACACGGCGGUGACCAAGUCCAAGAUUUGCGAUGCCCUCGACCACUCGUAGUGCGAUGUCCAUCAUAACAAUAUCGAACUACCAUCCUCUUCCCA